GACCGAGGCGGAAGGACACACGAGGCGCAGAGAAGCAAAAACUUUCUGCCAAACUCCGGGCGGCGGUGGCGGCUGUUGCUGGUACUUGUGCUGCUCGGAUCCGGGGCGCGGGGCUGUCUAUGCGCUGCGCUUAACCUGCCUGGGCCCCCCGGGGGAGGGUCCUAGCGCCGCGGUUGCAGUCCGAGAGUGGGGGGGCUCCACGGCAGGGACCCCCCCACCCCAUGUGGAUCAGCUUGGGCGAAGGAGGAGGAGGAGGAGGAGGAGGCGACCGAGAAGAUGCCCGCCCUGCGUCCUGCCCCGCUCUGCCUGCUGCUGGGUCUCUGGCUGUGCCAAGGCGCGCCCACCCUAGCAAUCCAGUGUCUAGAUGCUUUCAAGCCCUGUGUAAAUGAAGGAAAAUGUGUUACCUACAACAAUGGCACAGGAUACUGCGAGUGUCCAGAGGGCUUUGUGGGGGACUACUGCCAGCAGCUGGAUCCCUGCGAGAGGACCAGAUGCCAGAAUGGAGGGACCUGUGUGGCUCUGGCCUUGCAGGGCAAAGCCACGUGCCGCUGCACGCCAGGCUUCACAGGGGAGGCCUGCCAAUACUCUACCUCCCACCUGUGCUUUGUCUCCCGCCCCUGCCUGCAUGGAGGCACCUGUCAGAUGAGAAGCCGAGACACCUAUGAAUGCAUCUGCCCACCGGGCCGUACAGGAAAGCAUUGCCAGUGGAUAGAUGCCUGCUUGUCUCAGCCGUGCGCCAAUGGGAGCACAUGCACCACUAUUGCAAACCAGUUCUCCUGUAGCUGCCCAGCGGGCUACACGGGACAGAAAUGUGACACUGACCUGAAUGAAUGUGACAUGCCCGGGCGCUGCCAGCAUGGUGGCACAUGCCUCAACCUGCCAGGUUCUUACCAAUGCCAGUGCCCACAGGGCUUCACCGGGCAGCACUGCGAGAGUCCCUAUGUGCCCUGCGCUCCCUCGCCGUGUGUGAAUGGAGGGACUUGCCGGCAGACCGGUGACUUUACCUUCGAAUGCAACUGCCUGCCAGGUUUUGAAGGAAACACUUGUGAGCGGAAUAUCGAUGACUGUCCAAAUCACAAUUGUCAGAAUGGAGGGGUCUGUGUGGAUGGUGUCAAUACUUACAACUGUCGCUGUCCCCCGCAAUGGACAGGUCAGUUUUGCACAGAGGAUGUGGACGAGUGCCAACUACAGCCCAAUGCAUGUCAGAAUGGUGGCACCUGCACCAACCACAAUGGGGGUUAUGGGUGUGUCUGUGUCAAUGGCUGGAGUGGUGAUGACUGCAGUGAGAAUAUUGAUGACUGUGCCUUUGCCGCCUGCACUCCGGGCUCCACCUGCAUUGACCGCGUGGCCUCCUUCUCCUGCACAUGCCCAGAAGGAAAGGCAGGUCUUCUGUGUCACCUGGAUGAUGCAUGCAUUAGCAACCCGUGCCACAAGGGGGCGCUGUGUGACACCAACCCCCUGAAUGGGCAGUACAUCUGCACCUGUCCACAAGGCUACAAGGGGGCCGCUUGCACUGAUGAUGUGGAUGAAUGUGCCAUGGCCAAUAGUAAUCCAUGUGAACAUGCGGGAAAAUGUGUGAACACAGAAGGUGCCUUCCAUUGUGAGUGCUUGAAGGGCUACACCGGCCCCCGCUGUGAGAUGGACAUCAAUGAGUGCCAUUCAGAUCCUUGCCAGAAUGAUGCCACCUGCUUGGACAAGAUCGGAGGGUUCACGUGUCUCUGCAUGCCAGGUUUCAAAGGUGUGCACUGUGAAUUGGAGAUAAAUGAGUGUCAGAGCAACCCCUGUGUGAACAACGGACAGUGUCUGGAUAAAGUCAACCGCUUCCAGUGUGUCUGUCCCCCUGGUUUCACUGGAUCAGUCUGCCAGAUUGACAUUGAUGACUGCUCCAGCACGCCGUGCCUAAAUGGUGCAAAAUGCAUUGACCAUCCCAAUGGAUAUGAAUGCCAGUGUGCUACAGGUUUCACUGGCCUCCUGUGUGAGGAGAACAUAGACAACUGUGACCCUGACCCUUGUCACCAUGGCCAGUGUCAGGACGGGAUUGAUUCCUACACUUGCAUCUGCAACGCGGGCUACAUGGGGGCCAUCUGCAGCGAACAGAUCGAUGAAUGCCUGAGCAGCCCCUGCUUGAACGAAGGACGCUGCAUCGACCUGGUGAACGGCUACCAGUGCAACUGUCAGCCUGGCACAUCAGGGGUGAAUUGUGAAAUUAAUUUUGAUGACUGUGCAAGUAAUCCCUGUGUCCAUGGGAUCUGUAUGGAUGGGAUUAACCGCUACAGUUGUGUCUGUUUAUCGGGAUUCACAGGACAAAGAUGCAAUGUUGACAUUGAUGAGUGUGCCUCGAACCCAUGCCGCAAGGGUGCAACAUGCAUCAAUGAUGUGAAUGGUUUCCGUUGCAUCUGCCCAGAAGGACCUCACCACCCCAGUUGUUAUUCACAAGUGAAUGAAUGCCUCAGCAACCCCUGCAUCCAUGGGAACUGUACAGGUGUUGCCAAUGGAUACAAGUGCCUCUGUGAAGCAGGCUGGGUUGGCACCAAUUGUGAGGUGGACAAAAAUGAAUGUCUCUCUAACCCUUGCCAGAAUGGAGGAACCUGUGACAACCUGGUGAAUGGAUACAGGUGUACCUGCAAGCAGGGCUUUAAAGGUUACAACUGUCAAGUGAACAUUGAUGAAUGUGCUUCAAACCCCUGCCUUAAUCAGGGCACCUGCACCGACAACAUAAGUGGCUAUUCUUGUCACUGUAUGCUUCCAUAUACAGGCAAGAACUGUCAGACGGUGCUGGCCCCCUGCAGUCCCAACCCUUGCGAGAAUGCUGCUAUUUGCCAGGAAUCUGCCAAUUUUGAGAGUUACACCUGCCUGUGUGCUCCCGGCUGGCAAGGGCCUCGGUGCAAUGUGGACAUUGAUGAGUGCAUCUCCAAGCCAUGUAUGAACCGUGGCGUCUGCCAUAACACCGAGGGCGGCUACCUGUGCAAGUGUCUCCCCGGCUUCACUGGUGUGGACUGUGAAGAAGAUAUCGACGACUGCCUUGCUAACCCCUGCCAGAACGGUGCUUCCUGUGUAGAUGGAGUGAACACCUUCUCAUGCCUUUGUCUGCCGGGGUUCAAUGGUGAUAGGUGUCAGACAGACAUGAAUGAGUGUCUGAGUGAACCCUGCAAGAAUGGAGGCAGCUGCUCCGACUAUGUCAACAGUUACACGUGCAAGUGCCAGGCUGGGUUUGAUGGGCCUCAUUGUGAGAACAACAUUGAUGAGUGCACUGAGAGUUCUUGCUUCAAUGGAGGCACAUGUGUGGAUGGAAUCAACUCCUUUUCCUGUCUGUGCCCUGUGGGUUUCACUGGCCCAUUCUGCCUUCAUGAGAUCAAUGAGUGCGACUCCCACCCAUGCCUGAAUGAGGGCACCUGCAUUGAUGGCCUAGGGACCUAUCGCUGCAACUGCCCAUUGGGCUACACAGGAAAAAACUGUCAGACCCUUGUGAACCUUUGUAGUCGGUCACCGUGUAAAAAUAAAGGCACCUGCACUCAGAGAAAAGCAGAGUCCCGAUGUCUGUGUCCAUCUGGAUGGACUGGGGCUUAUUGUGAUGUGCCCAAUGUCUCCUGUGAGGUGGCUGCAUCCCACAGAGGAGUGUCUGUUGAUCACCUGUGUAAACACUCUGGGAUCUGCAUCGAUGCUGGCAACACUCACCAUUGCCAGUGCCCCCUGGGUUACACGGGCAGCUACUGUGAGGAACAGCUGGAUGAAUGUGCCUCCAAUCCUUGCCAGCAUGGAGCCACUUGCAAAGGUUAUGUUGGAGGAUAUAGAUGUGAGUGUAUACCAGGGUACCAGGGUGUCAACUGUGAAUAUGAGGUGGAUGAAUGUCAGUACCAGCCGUGCCAGAAUGGAGGGACGUGCAUUGACCUCGUGAACCAUUUCAAGUGUUCCUGCCCACCAGGCACUCGAGGCCCACGGUGUGAAGAGAACAUUGAUGACUGUGCCCCAGAUGCAGGAGGCCCCCACUGCCUCAACGGUGGGCAGUGCGUGGAUAAGAUUGGGGGCUACACGUGCCGUUGCCUUCCUGGCUUUGCUGGUGAGCGUUGUGAAGGGGACAUCAACGAGUGUCUCUCCAACCCCUGCAAUUCUGAAGGUAGCCUGGACUGCAUCCAGCUCAUCAAUAACUACUCCUGCAUCUGCCGAACUACCUUCACUGGCCGACACUGUGAGACCUUCCUGGAUGUCUGUCCCCAGAUGCCGUGUCUGAAUGGAGGGGUUUGUGCUGUUGCCAGCAACACACCCAGUGGCUUCAUCUGCCAUUGCCCUCCGGGCUUCUCAGGAGCAAGAUGCCAGAGUACCUGCGGCCACAUGAAGUGUAAGAAAGGGGAACAGUGUGUGCACACUACCUUGGGGCCGCGCUGCUUCUGCCCCCGGCCCGAGGACUGUGAGACGGGAUGUGCCAGCAGCCCGUGCCAGCAUGGCGGCAGCUGUUCCCCUCAGAGGAAGCCACCUUAUUACACUUGCCAGUGCCCCUCCUCGUUCUGGGGCAGUCACUGUGAGUUCUCCACGGGCCCCACCAACAGCCCCCCACCCACCUGCCUGAGCCAGCACUGUGCGGAGAAGGCGCGAGAUGGCAUCUGUGAUGAAGACUGCAACAGUCACGCCUGUCAGUGGGAUGGGGGCGACUGUUCACUCACCAUGGAGGACCCCUGGGCCAACUGCUCCUCCCCGCUGCCCUGCUGGGAUUACAUCAACCAUCAGUGUGAUGAGCUGUGCAACACGGCCGAGUGCCUGUUCGACAACUUCGAGUGCCAAGGAAGCAGCAAGACGUGCAAAUAUGACAAAUACUGUGCCGACCACUUCAAUGACAAUCAUUGCGACCAAGGAUGUAACAGUGAGGAGUGUGACUGGGAUGGGCUGGACUGUGCCACCGAUCAGCCUGAGAACCUUGCCGAGGGCACCCUGGUCAUCGUGGUGUUGCUUCCCCCCGAGCAGCUGCUGCAGGAUGCCCGAAGCUUCCUGCGGUCACUGGGCACUCUGCUUCACACCAACCUGCGCAUCAAACGGGACUCUCAGGGGGCCCUCAUGGUGUACCCCUAUUAUGGCGAGAAGACGCUGGUGACCAAAAAGUCAACAAUAAGCCGGAGAUCCCUCCCUGAUGAGCAGGAUCGAGAAGUGGCAGGUUCCAGAGUAUUCCUAGAAAUUGACAACCGCCAGUGUGUCCAGGCUUCAGACCAAUGCUUCAAAAACACUGAUGCUGCUGCUGCCCUCCUGGCCUCUCAUGCUAUCCAGGGCACCCUCUCCUAUCCUCUUGUGUCUGUCUUGAGUGAGUCUCAGGAUUCCAAGCCAAACCAGCUUCUCUACCUGUUGGCUGUGGCCUUAGUCAUCCUCCUCUUGGUAGUCCUCCUGGGAGUGAUCAUGGCAAAACGCAAGCGUAAGCAUGGCUCUCUCUGGUUGCCAGAAGGCUUCAUCUUACGGCGGGAUUCCAACAACCAUAAGCGUCGGGAGCCAGUUGGACAAGAUGCUGUGGGACUGAAAAACCUGUCAGUCCAAGUUUCAGAGGGUAACUUAAUUGACUCCAGCACCAAUGAACACUGGGCAGAUGAUGGUGCACCCCAACCAAAGAGAAGCAAGGCAGAAGAUCAGGCUUUACUUUCAGAAGAAGAUGACCCAAUAGAUCGACGCCAGUGGACACAGCAGCACCUUGAAGCUGCAGAUAUUCGAAGGACACCAUCCCCAGCACUCACCCCACCUCAAGCUGAGCAGGGGGUGGAUGGGCUGGAUGUGAACGUCAGAGGACCAGAUGGCUGUACACCGUUGAUGCUGGCUUCCCUUCGGGGAGGCAGCUCUGACUUGAGCGAAGAUGAUGAAGAAGCAGAUGACUCUUCAGCCAACAUCAUCACAGACCUGGUUUAUCAGGGGGCCAGUCUACAGGCCCAGACCGAUCGGACAGGGGAGAUGGCUCUGCACCUUGCAGCUCGGUACUCCAGGGCGGAUGCUGCCAAGCGACUCCUUGAUGCGGGCGCAGAUGCCAAUGCCCAGGACAACAUGGGGCGGUGUCCCCUUCAUGCCGCAGUGGCCGCUGAUGCCCAAGGUGUCUUCCAGAUUUUGAUCCGUAACCGUGUGACGGACCUGGAUGCUCGGAUGCACGAUGGGACAACGCCCCUGAUCCUGGCUGCCCGCCUGGCUGUAGAAGGGAUGGUGGCCGAGCUGAUCAACUGCCAAGCAGAUAUUAAUGCAGUGGAUGACCACGGGAAAUCUGCUCUCCACUGGGCAGCCGCUGUCAACAACGUGGAGGCUACCUUGGUGUUGCUGAAAAAUGGAGCCAACAGGGACAUGCAGGACAACAAGGAGGAGACACCUCUGUUCCUUGCUGCUCGAGAGGGGAGCUAUGAAGCAGCCAAGAUUCUGUUGGACCACUUUGCCAACCGGGACAUCACAGACCACAUGGACCGCCUUCCCAGGGACGUGGCCCGGGACCGCAUGCACCACGACAUUGUGCGCCUCCUCAACGAGUAUAACGUGGCCCACAGUCCCCCAGGCCCCAUGCUGACCUCAUCCCUCUCACCUGUCAUCUGUGGACCCAACAGAUCUUUCCUCAACCUGAAACACACCCCUGUGGGCAAGAAGCCUAGGCGCCCCAAUGCGAAAGGCGCUGUGCCCACCAGUCUGCCCAACCUUGCCAAAGAGGCCAAAGAUCCCAAGGGUGGGCGGAGGAAGAAGUCUCUGAGUGACAAGGGUCAGCUGUCUGAGAGCUCAGUGACCCUCUCCCCAGUGGACUCCCUGGAGUCUCCCCACACCUAUGUUUCUGAUACCACAUCUUCUCCCAUGAUCACAUCACCUGGGCUCUUGCAAGCCUCCCCCAGCCCGAUGCUGGCUACUGCUGCCCCACCUGCACCAGUCCACACCCAGCACACAGUAUCUUUCUCUAACUUACAUGAGAUGCAGCCUCUGACCCGUGGGGCUAGCACAGUACUCCCUUCUGUUAGUCAGCUAUUGCCCCAUCAUCACCUUGCCCCACCGAGCAGCGGCGGUGGCGGGAGCUCGGGCAGGUUACACCCAGUCGCUGUCCCGGCUGACUGGAUGAGUCGGAUGGAGAUGAACGAGACCCAGUACAAUGAGAUGUUUGGAAUGGUUCUGGCUCCGGCUGAGGGUGCCCACUCUGUGCUAGCACCACAGAACCGGCCAGGGCAGCCUGAUGGGAAGCACCUAGCCGCCUCCCGAGAGCCAUUGCCCCCCAUCAUGACUUUCCAGCUGAUUCCCAAAGGCAGUAUUGCCCAGCCAGCUGGGGCUACCCAGCCACAACCCAAUUGCCCUCCAGCUGUUGCUGGCCCCCUGCCCACCAUGUACCAGAUCCCCGAUAUGGCCCGUCUGCCGAGUGUGGCAUUUCCCACAGGUGUGAUGCCCCAGCAGGAUGGGCAGGCGGCUCAGACUGUCCUUCCAUCCUACCACCCAUUCCCAAGUUCUGUGGGUAAGUACCCCACACCCCCAUCACAGCACAGCUAUGCCUCUUCCACCGCCGCUGAGCGGACGCCCAGCCACGGCGGGCACCUCCAGGGCGAGCACCCUUAUCUGACACCAUCCCCAGAAUCUCCUGACCAGUGGUCUAGUUCAUCCCCUCACUCUGCCUCCGACUGGUCAGAUGUGACCACCAGCCCUACUCCGGGGGCUUCAGGUGGAGGCCAGCGAGGGCCUGGGGUACACAUAGCUGAGCCGCCACCACGCACCAAUAUGCAGGUAUAUGCAUAAAAGAGGGCGACCACCCAGUGCUGGGACUGAACUAAUGGCAUGUGGUGAGUGCUGCUGAUGAACAAAAUGAAGGUCAUCCAGGAUGAAAAUGAAGAAAUUUGGACAUGGGGCUCCUGGAGCAGGACUAAGAAGGCUUUCUCCACCCCUCUCAGACGUUUAGUGGGAGAUGUUAAUCAUCGUUGCCUGUCUGUUGGGGGGCAUGUGGUUUUCUCUGAAGUCAUUAUUUCUUCUUCAGACCGUGCCUACCAAGCCAUUGGGGCACUGAAAAUUGUCCAUUGGGAGUCAUCUAUAAUCUUUUCCCUUUGGGAACCCACCAGGUUUACUGAUGACAGUCUGUUCUUUUUCACAUCUUGGAAUCUUGAAAUAUGUGUGAAGCCACUUCUGUUGAUUUGACCAAAAGUCGAAAGUCCUCUCUUGGGAACUUAGGUCUUCCUGUUAGGCCUGAAGUGACUUUCCUCACUUUAUCCUUAGAAACUCCUUUCCCUUCAUGUGGUGCUUACAUUUCUGCACCUUCUUAUCAGUAGUUCUCAUGCCACAUGUCUUCUGUGGUCUAGCCACAUCUGUAUAUGUUAUAGAACUAUAUGUAUGUAUUUAAUGCUUUUAAUCAUUCCUGCCCAGGAAGGUGAACUUGGUCUUCUCUUUCCAUACUCAUUUCCAAAUGCUCCCAGGAACCUCAUAAGGUUUAUUUUGGUUAUGAUUCUCACCACAACUUUGCAAAGUAUGUUUCUUCAAGGAAUGUACAUCUUCCAUCCUACUCAUUGUGUCCUCACCAGAGGGAGAAUGGAGGGACAAUCUUUUUAUUGCAAGGGUGAAGAAAAUCUCUCCUGUCCUUCUUCCCUCUUUCCAGCAUCAGCCUCCUUCAGUGGGGAGAGUGGCUAGGGCAACGUAGAUACAUUGAAAUGCACACCAACGAGAGGAGAGGUGGCCUCUUGUGGUUUCUGGGAUGUCUGCAUCCAUUAGGUAUUUGGCUCUAUUAUUCUUUCCCAAGUUCUUCACUCACUGCCAGUGGCCAAACUCAAGGACUCUUCUGCCAUAAUCUUCUCCUCUGUCUCAUCUUCUGGAGUAAAACUACUUUAUCAGACUCGUGGUUGUUAGGCUCAUCCUACUUCUCACCUCUCCAUUGAAGAAGACCCAGGUCAAGACACCUCACUGCCCAAUGCUUAGCUCAGUGUUCCCUUCAUAAUCUCUCUGGUUCCAGAUUGUUAGGCUAGCCUUCCCUCAUACACUUAGUUGUGCUCAUCCCUACAUACCCUCUAAGUUCUCUACACCUCUCCAGAAAAAAUGGUCUGUCCUCAACCGAGUCCAAAAAUUUGUAACAUGAACCUGUUGGAAGCAUGUUGGGCCAUGGCCUUUUUGAAGACACCCAGAAUUCAUUACUAUCUGUACGGAACAAAUUGGACGUCCCUUUUUGAAGACUAGCAUCUAGCCUCUCUGAAGGACCCUCCCUUCAUGGGUGCUGAAAAUGGCAAAGGUAUUUGCUGUCAUGGCUUUAAAAUUGUGAUUUCAUCCCUGUUGCUUUUUUUUAAAAUUCUCUAGGUCUGUCCAAAAUUACUCUUGUCAUUCAUGGACAAGCCAUCCAACCUCAAGCAUUAAUCAGACACUUGAACUCUCCUCAUGUUCUUCAGCAGGUCAAUAUCAUGAUUAUCAGCCUUAGAUGUAGGACUGGGAAUGUUUGGAGAGUCAUUCUUCCAUCUAGUUAGAAGGGUCAGAUGAUCACUGAUCCUGGGUGUAAAGCCAUACCAUCCUAGCAUUUCCAGAGAUCCUUGGGAAAUGUGUCCUUCCAGGUCACUUUGUUAGGCGUUCAUGGUGAAUUAACCCAUUUUGUAAUAACCACGAUCCUUAUUCCUGCCAGUCCCUAGAGGCAUUCUUGGGCCUACACAGGAGUCUGAUGUAUCUAAUAUGGUUUUAUAUGGAAAGAGGACUAGCAGCAGAUGACCAGAAGGGUCCUACUGAAGUGCAGAAAAACAUUUAGAGCCAUUGAAAUCCAUUAGCUCUCAUUAAGCCACGAGAGACUAAAAGCCCCCUGCUAGAAUGAGAAGACAUUCAGCUAACUUUUUCUUCCUUUCCAAGUCAUCGGUGAAAAGUUCUCAAAUUGUGAAUAUCUUUCUGAUCUGUUUGUUUGGUUUAUUCUGCUUAUCCAGUGUCAGAGACAACUUGAUAAUUGCAUGAUUAUAUUCACUUACUUUAAGAGAAUACAUUGGUACUUCAUCUGGAAUGAUUCAGAUAAUUCAAAACCAUUCCCUGAUAGGUGAGCCUAAAUGAAAAUUAACAGUCUCCAGCAUUUAGGUCAUAAUUAAUCUACUUUCACCAUCCACUACUAUCUAACUUUCUGCCACCAAAAAUACCAGCAGUUUUUGAAUCCCAUAAAAAGACUAUAGUAUGGAUAAGCCUAUUUUUACCUCCUUCCUUGAGAGCUCUGUGUUUAGCAUCUCAGAGUUUUGGAAAGGAGGAUGUAAAGUCUACUUGGAACUCAAAAGCAACAAGGGGUCUCCAACAGUAAAGAGAACACUGCCUCCCAUCAAUCUUAACAUGUUUUUAGUUUUUAAGGAUUCCUUCUCUAUAUAUAAUCAUAAGGUGUUUCAGUAUGUGAGAAGUUUGAGAAACUAUUUCUCCACUAUUCUCUGACUUGGUUUUUGUGAAGACUGAUUUCUUACAGAAAAUUUCCAUUUACCUGUGGCAUCUAUAGGAUGUGAUUUUUAAAUUCAGCUAGUCAAACCUCCUUUCCUUCUGCCCUUUCAGAGGGCUAGAAUUUUGCAGCAACCAAUUCUGAAAUGCAUUUUGAGGGGACUUAAAUGGGAAGAAUAGACUGUGAGUUGCACGUGUUGGUGCAAAUACCGAGUGAUCUCGCUGCUUCACUACAAUCCAUGAUCUUUAUUUCUGUUUUUCUGUAGUAAUGAACCAAAGGUGUAAUGUUCUUUUGCCUUAAGUACAUUGAAUGUAUGGCGACUGGCUGGGGGGAGGGGCACAUCUGUGUACCCUGUUGUCCGUGUCCCCCGUGGAUAGCUUUUUGGUAUUAUGUUGUUCCUCUCUAUCCCCAUCUCCCUUGUUUCCUUCUGUUAAAGGUGGUAUCAUUGACCUCUCUGUUGUAUGAAGAAACCAUAACUGUUUAAAUGACCGCAUUUUCCUGGUUAACAAUCAAGAAGAUGCAUGCCUUGUUUUUACUUUUUUAAGUUUUACUCCAAAAAUAGUUAUAAGAUUUAUAUGAAAACAUUUUUAUCACAAAAUAAAAAGCUUACAUGUCACA